AUGGCUCGCCAGGCCGUCGCGAUAUAUACCAAGGGUACCAAAGCCUGGUUUGAAGACGACAACGAAGCUUGGAUCUCUGCAACAUGUAUUUCGGAUGAAACCAACGCAGAUAGAGUGAGGAUCGUCUUUGAAGGCGAUGCCAAUGGCGAGGAAUACAUAUUCGAGGCCGAUCUAGACAAUCUCGAGAAACCACAUGAAUCUACACUACCGCCUUUGAGAAACCCUUCCAGUAUUGAGAGCACGGACGAUCUGACGAAUCUGAGUUACCUCAACGACCCUUCAGUUCUAUACGCCAUCCGAAGCCGAUAUGCAGAACAUAGUAUUUAUACAUAUUCUGGAAUCGUAUUAAUAGCCGUCAACCCUUUCGAUGUUGUUGAUCUCUAUGGACCGCAUCUUGUCCAGCAAUAUUCUUGCCGCAGUCGCGCCGACCUGCCGCCUCAUUUAUUUGCCAUUGCCGAAGAGGCCUACCGCUGCAUGAUGGAAAAACAAACCGACCAAACCAUCAUUGUUUCAGGUGAAAGUGGUGCUGGAAAGACCGUCAGUGCAAAAUACAUUAUGCGAUAUUUUGCGACAGCCGACGAUCAAGCAUCCGGGCAACUGAACAUCAAAGACGACCACGAAAUGACCCAAGUGGAGCGUCAAGUACUCGCAACAAAUCCGAUCAUGGAAGCUUUUGGCAAUGCCAAAACCACACGCAAUGAUAACAGUUCGAGAUUUGGAAAAUACAUCGAGAUUCAAUUUGAUCACGGACGAAACAUCAUUGGUGCCAAAUUUAGGACGUACCUUCUUGAAAGAUCACGCUUAAUCUUCCAACCGCCGACCGAAAGGAAUUAUCAUAUUUUUUAUCAGCUUUGCGCGGGGCUUUCUGACAAUGACCGGGAGACGUUAGCUAUUGGCGACUACAUCACCUUCAAAUAUCUGAAUGCCGGCGGCGUAGGUGAAAUUCCAGGCGUUAACGAUGCGCAGGAGUUUGACGCUACCCGACAUGCUUUAUCUACUAUCGGAAUUGUUGAAGGCCGCCAAGCGAAUAUCUUCACCAUACUGGCAGCCUUGCUCCAUUUGGGAAACCUUGAAAUUACGGGUCGGAAUGAUGCCAUGCUUCUGGACAAUGACAGCGCACUGCAAAAUGUAACGAGAUUGCUCCAGAUUAAUCCUGCAGGUUUUAGCAAAUGGAUCACUCGCAAGCAAAUUAUAACCCGGUCCGAGAAAAUUGUCACCAAGCUCACGCCUGUUCAAGCACACCUGGUGAAAGACUCGGUGGCUAAAUACAUCUACGCAAGUCUGUUUCAAUGGCUCGUGAACAAUAUCAACGAGACGGUAUCCUGUGCGCGUCCCGAAGAGAUCGCCAAUUUUAUCGGCGUGCUUGAUAUUUACGGAUUUGAACAUUUCGAAAAGAACUCCUUUGAGCAAUUUUGCAUCAAUUACGCGAAUGAAAAGCUUCAACAGCAGUUUAAUCAACACAUAUUCAAGUUGGAGCAAGAGGAGUACAUUCACGAAAAGAUCAAUUGGACUUUUAUCGAUUUUACCGACAAUCAGAAAUGCAUUGAUUUAAUCGAAGGAAGGCUUGGAAUUCUGGCUCUACUAGAUGAGGAAUCUCGACUUCCAGGUGGUACGGACCAAGGGUUCUGUCAAAAGCUGUACUCCCACUUUGAUAACGAGGCACAGAAGGAUUGUUUCCAAAAACCUCGAUUUUCCAAUACCGCUUUUAUUGUCGGGCAUUAUGCUCACGAUGUGGAGUAUGAAUCGCAAAACUUUCUCGAUAAGAACAGGGACUCGGUCCCCGACGAGCAGGUGGCAUUGCUACGCAAUUCCAACUCGGAGUUCCUCAAAGAAGUCCUGGAAAAAUCUAGUCAAAUGCACCCGCUCCCAGAACAGACUGGUAAUAAGAAACGAUUAAGCGACAAUGCGAAAAGACCCACUUUGGGAUCCAUUUUCAAGCAAUCGCUGGUCGGUUUGAUGGAUACCAUUUCCAUGACAAACGUGCACUACAUUCGAUGUAUCAAGCCAAAUGAAGAAAAAGCGGCUUGGAAAUUCGAGCCGAAUAUGGUCUUGUCACAACUUCGUGCGUGUGGUGUACUGGAAACCAUCCGCAUCAGCUGCACUGGCUACCCGUCAAGAUGGACAUUUGCGGAAUUCGCAGAUCGAUACUAUAUUUUGAUGUCUUCCGAUCAAUGGAACGUGGGCGUCAAGGAUUUAUGUACUGCCAUUCUCUCGAAAUUUGUCGACGACACGAGUCAGUAUCAAAUUGGACUCUCCAAAAUCUUUUUCCGAUCAGGACAGUUGGCUUAUCUAGAUAAACUUCGGUCGGACCAUUUCAACGCGUGUGCAACGCUCUUGCAGAAGCAGAUCAGGCGAUUCAUCUGUCGCCAGCGUUAUCUGCGCUUACGAUAUCUUGUCAUUCAACUUCAAUGUAUCACUCGGCAGUGGAUUGCUAAACGGCAAUUGCAGCAUCUCAGAGAAGAAAAAGCCGCAGUCGUUAUUCAAACAAGCUGGCGCCGGUAUCAUGCUCGUCAAGCAUUUCUUGCGCAACUACGGUGGAUUAUUUUACUACAAGCAGCCAUACGUCGUCAUCAAACGCGGAAAGUGUUUCUCAACGAAAGACAACAUUUUGCAGCCCUUCGGAUACAAAAAAUUGUUCGAGGAUGGUUGGUGCGAAGGUGGUAUAAGCGGCAAAUGUCGCAUAUCAUUAUGCUUCAGGCAUGUCUUCGCCGUCGUUUAGCGACCAAGCAGUUAAUGAUGCUAAAGAGCGAAGCACGGUCGAUGAAUCAUCUCAAAGACGUAUCCUACAAACUCGAGAACAAGGUGGUGGAAUUGACGCAGGUCAUGACAGGCCUAAAAUCCGAAAACAAAGUGCUUGUCGACAAAACCGCCCAGUUGCAAGUCGAACUAAACAGUUGGAAGGACAAAUACCAAAAACUCCAAGAACAGCAUAAAGCUUUGGAAUCAUCUCACAAGGAAUUGUUGCUGGCUGAAGCGGCAUGGAAAGCAGACUCGGUUGAAAAGGAAGCUUUGGCAAGGAAGCAUGAAUCCUCGGUGGCUAAGAUGAAGGAUCAAGAGAAAGAGAUUCAGCGAUUAAAGCAACACCCGAGCCAGCAGGAAGAAAGUGGCAAGACAAAACUGCCGACUAUCGAUACGACAACAGAUACAACAGCAGCGACUUGGCGCAUGUUGGAAAUGCAAAGAGAGAUAUCCAAACUGAAAGCACAGCUAGUGCGGGCAACGGCUGGUCAGUCUUUACCGCCACCUUCUCCCUAUCGUCCUGCUGAAGCAUUUGGUUCCUUGCGUGAACCAGCUAAAGGCGAAGAGAUCGAAAUGGCCACCAUUGGACAAAUACGGAGUCGUUCGCUUUCGGAUCUCUCGGCUACUCGUCGACGCCAGCACAGUAUCUCGGAAAUGGUGUUUCGCCCAAAGUUUUUUGGCCGACUUUUUAAACCGGUAUUUCUCAGCAAGCUUCGUGGCACCUCGAUUUCCCGAAAUAGUUUACAUUCUAAAACCGAACACUCGGCAGAAGAGAUAGAUCGCAUUUUACGCGAAGAGAAGGCGUUGCAAGCGGAGGUAAUAGAGGGUCUCAUUGAGACUCUAGCUAUUCCUUCACCGACUAUGGAUUACCCGUCGUCUCCCAAGGAGGUGUUCUUCCCUGCUCACCUCAUCAAUCUUUGUGCGGUCCAAAUGUGGAAUAUGGGUUAUGUUCAAGAGUCAUGGCGGUUCCUAUUUGCCAUUAUUCAGAGUAUCCAGAAGCAUUGCUUGAGUUUUCAUGGUGAACAUGCGAUUAUUCCUUGUGUGUUUUGGUUAUCCAAUGUGCAUGAACUACUAUCGCUGAUCGUUCUUUCCGAGCAUGAGCUGGAAAAAGAAGUACAACAGCAUGCACUGGACGGGCAAAGACCGAUCGGAUGGCAUGAGUUUGAAAAACUUAUUCGUACAGUGAAAUACGAACUCCACUGUCUCGAGGAUAAUCUCUGCCACAGCCUAUUAUGCGAGUUGAAGAAUACCCUUAGCAAAAUGAUCAUCUCUGCCAUCAUCGACAGUCAGUCUUUGCCAGGCUUUGUUAUCAGUGAACGUGGGCGAUUCAUCAACAAACUUUUAUCGGUAUCUUCGCAGCCAUCCUACGAAGUGGACGAUAUUCUGAAAUUGAUGGACAAGGUUUGGUGCGCGGUCAAAUCGUACUACGUGGAAGAAACCAUCAUUGCACAGAUAUGGUCUGAAUUGUUGCAACUGAUUGGCGUCACGGCUUUCAACGAUCUCCUGAUGCGCAAAAACUUUUCUUCGUGGAAGCGAGCCAUGCAAAUUCAGUAUAAUAUUUCGCGUGUCGAGGAAUGGUGUAAAUCCCACGAUAUUCCUGGUGGGACCCCUCAGUUUGAAUAUCUCAUGCAAGCAACCAAAUUAUUGCAACUGAAAAAGGCUACCGUCCAAGACAUUGACAAUAUCUAUGAUAUCUGUUGGAUCUUGACACCUAUGCAGAUUCAAAAAUUGGUAUCACAGUAUCAUGCAGCAGAUUACGAGACGGCUGUGAAGCCUGAAAUCUUACGGACGGUUGCAUCUCGUGUCAUAAAUAGUGAGAAAAAUAGUAGUUCACAGCUUGAUACCGUACCAUUGGGUGAUAUGAUCCAACCUUACAAGGUGCCACCCCCACGUGCAAUUCAACCGCAGAAUUAUCUUCCUGAAUGGGUAAUAUACCGUAUUUAUUUGUUUCGUCACUCAACCCUCUUCUUUUAA